UGUUAAGCUUCUGGGCUCCUUCAACAUCAGGGAGCCUCAACCUCUCCCCAGCCGCCUCCAAGGAGCUGCCGCCUAUUGUCGGUCACCGCCUAGGCGUGGAGCUGCUCGGACUUGGCCGCCAGUGAGCCCGGGGAGCCGACCGGUGAGGGCUCAACUUAGUUGAGGGAAGUCUGAACGUGAGGAGCGGUCGCGCGCAAUGGCGUCUCUGCCUCGGUUGCCCGCAGCCACGCGCGAGAUACAGGACCCGGGUCAGGCGAGAGCAACGCGUGUGGUGGACCCUUCUCCCUAGCAUCCGUGGCCAGCGGUGGGUGGCGCGGCCACUGAUCCCAGCCUCCAUGGAUGCGCAUUCUCCUGCUACCAGCUUCAGUGGUUCCUGCUGGGACUUUCCUCUGAAGGACAGCUGCUCGGCGUGGACAUCGCAGGAAAGAGCUCCCUGGUACAGUGGAUCAGUCAGAUGCUGCUAUGGAGCCAAAAUCCCACCCAAUGCUCCUCACCAAGAAGCAGAUGAAGCAGGAAGUAGAUAGGCUGACCAUGGAACUACAGCUGAUCAACAGCCAAAGAAAUGAGCUGCUAGAUCGCCCAACCUUCAUCAGUGAAGAUACCAUGGAGAACAGGAGUCCACUGCACUACGUCUCUGCCCAUAAUCAUCCUAAUGUAGUAACAUUGCUAUCAUCCAACGACUAUACCGAUAUUAAUAUGAAGGAUGAUGAAGGCUGCACGCCCCUAAUUAAGGCCGCCCAGCGGGACAAUGUAGAAUGCAUCUCUAUUCUCCUCAUGCACGGGGCUGAUCCCCACAUUAUAGAUGCCAAUGGCGAUGCUGCCCUCCACCACGCCAUUUGCAGAGGGAACUUAAGAGUUGUCAGCAAACUGCUGGAGUAUAAUGUAGAUAUUAAAGCCAAAACAGAGUACGGAUUGACACCCUAUAAACUCGCUUUGUUUGAAAAUCAACUUAAAAUGGCGGAGUUUUUAAUUGAGAACGGUGCAGACGCACCUUCGGAGCUUACACCAAAUAGUGGAGGAGCAACUGCAGUGGAAUCAGAACAAGCAAUGAAAACGUGUGCCAACUCCAACAAAGAAAAAAAUUUCAGCACUGACAUAAAGCCUUCUUGCAGCGGCAUACGACCACCUGGAGAGCUGAAACCAAUACUUAAGAAGUCUCUUCAGAUCAGUGGAGAUAAUGGAAGAAAUCAAGACCAAAUCCCACUCAGGCUCUCUGAAAACCCUCAUGUUACAACAGAGGACACGGCCACCACCUCGGCUAUUAAGGAGGAUAUUGACAACUUUUCCUCCAGGUACACGAUCAUAGAGAAACAAAUUUUGUAUUCCAAGAAGAUCGCUGCAACAAAGAAGCAGGACCAAGCAGGUCUUAGCAAAUCAAAAUCAAUGAUAGACCUAAGUACUCUCGGAGAGGCACUGCCUGAGUUCUCUAAAAAGAAAUCACGCUUGAUGGUUGAGACAAAGAAGGGAGAAGAUUUCCUUCCUCCACCUAAUAUGCAUGACAUCGUGCCCCAGCCUCCUGCCCAUGCCGAUGCCACAUCAACUUCUCAUGUUAGUGAAACAGGUGACAAUCGUCAGUCAUCCGAGGAAACUACUGUUAACACCACCAGCGUUAGUGAAAGAGGUGACAAUCGUCAGUCAUCCGAGGAAACUACUGUUAACACCAGCGUUAGUGAAAGAGGUGACAAUCUUCAGUCUUCUGAGGAAACUACUGUUAACAACACCAGCGUGGAUCACACACCUUCUCUAGGUGACACGUUGGACCCUCAGAAUGCUCAUAUGCGGGUUCUUGCUUCAAGUCCUGCUCAUGGCACCAGCUAUGCAGCGAAUACUCCUGUCAAGGUUUUUCCAAUUUGGGCAGCAACCACAUCCUUGCUCCUCCUAACAUCGUCAAUGUGGUUGCUGCAGUUGGUGGCUUUGACGAUGCCGUGGGUAUGGAACCUAAUUUAGAAAUCCUGCACAGUUAAAGUUAAAGGGGCUUAACAAGUUUCUGCUGAACAACCUAUGAGGAGCUCCUAUCAUCAAAUGACAAUGUCAGAAGUAUUUUUUGAGGUUUUCUUUCGUUUUAUUGUUUGAAGAAUAUUUUCAGUUUACUCUUUGACUUUUUAAUGUAUGUAAUUCAGAUCAUCCAUGUUGCUCAUAUCUUCCCCAUCCCUGUCCUCUGCCUCCAUCCCAUCCCCUAACUUGUCCUCAUCCCAUUUUUGUAUCAUGUGUCUUUUUUUUUUUUUUAAAUAUUUAUUAUGUAUACAAUAGUCUGUCUGUGUGUAUGCCUGAAGGCCAGAAGAGGGCGCCAGACCUCUUUACAGAUGGUUGUGAGCCACCAUGUGGUUGCUGGGAAUUGAACUCAGGACCUUUGGAAGAGCAGGCAAUGCUCUUAACCACUGAGCCAUCUCUCCAGCUCCUGUAUCAUGUGUCUUAAGGAGUAAGACUUCCAGUAGGAUCCCCCACAGCCAAGUGCAUGUGGACAUUAUCAGUUGGACUAAGUGAGUUAUUAAAAAGGGAGGGAGACAUAACAUCCAUCUUUCACCACUUUUGCAGAUAAAUUACAUAUAGUGUUUUGUUCCUUGAAUUACUGGCCAGGCAUUAAAACAUUAAAUCUUAUCUAAUUCUAUAGACCUUAUUAUGCAUUCAGUACAUGUAAAGCUUGCUAAACUUUCAUUCACCUAUUUAAACAUGUACUGUACAUGCAUCCCCAGAGAGAGGACACAACUCAAGGGGACACACAAUUCAAUAGGAAUUUGACUUUAUCUAGUGGAACAUACUGAUAAAUUCUGAAAGAUAAACAAAAACACUUUGCUACUUGGACUUUCACUCUUAAUCCUCAAUUAGAAGCCUCCUAGUUGUGUGGAAUUCUAAGGAGGUUAAGGAUCUGUAAUGGAGAGUUGAAAGGAGCAAAGGGUCAAACGUAUUUCCAAGAGGUCAAUAAAUUCAUUAUUCUGCCAUCCGAUAAAAUAUUGAAAUCAAUUUCUGCCUAGAAUGAAUUUCAUGAGAUUUCCAGAAAAGGAGUAGAGUUGCUUAUUUGUAACAAAAGAUGACAAAUAUUAGAUGCCGAGUUUGCCACAUCUUUAUGAAUACAAAUAUAGAUAUGUAUGGGUUCCUUGGCACCCUAUUGUUCAACAUUCAGGAAUGAAAAAUUCCACUGAGAAUUGUUGAGGCUAAGAGGCUCAGCUAGGGUUAGAAUAUAAAAAUCAACAUGGCAUAUGUGUGUGGGGGUUAUGUAUGUAUAUAUGUACAAUUAAAAUACCUGGUCCUUUAAAUGAGCUCAAUUGUAGUCAGAAUGCAUGAUUUUAAAACUGUAUUUUUAAGGAAGCAUGUGGAAUAUACUGCAGGGGAGGAAAGAAUACUAUCAAAAUAUAUCAUAAAAAUAAAUUAUAAUGUAUUUCUGGUAGCAUAUACUAAUCUAGUUCCUUCUUAGUUCACCUCCUUUUGUAGUAUUCUAAAAAACAUAUUAACCUGUUGUACAUUAUUUUGAAAAAAUUAAAGAUAUUAGACACCUUUAAAAAUGAUGUUUUUAUGAUGUUAUUACAUUGGCUUUCAAGUGACAAUCUAUCAGAAAUAUUUUAUAAAAUUUAGAAAUUU